GAGAUGUCUCAUACUAGUGGAAACUUUCUGUGCUUCUCAACAAUGUUGGAGACCAAGCAAAAGGUUCCUUAAACAUGUGUUUUGAGUUAGUGUUAUUAAAUGGCACCUUGAAGUUCACCUGCUAGUGUUUCUCAGAGCAGUAACACUCCCAGCUGUGCUUUGAGUGGACUGGACUAGCAAUUGUACUUGGUAGACUGCUUUCUUGUAUGUUUAUUAUGCUGCAUCCCUGCUUCGAUGAGCCCUGCUUAAGCUUGUCAUGCUGAUAGUUGGCUAGACGGAAUUGACUUUCACAAGUCUUUACACGUGUUAGAAAUGCCACUGUGGUGACCCUAAUAACGCUUUCAGAGCCUGCUUUGCAUAUUCCACGUGCUAGUGGGUGGAAUUGCAGUAGUUCUAGGUGAGGAUGUUGCAAUGUAAAAUUGGGGAUUUGAGAGAAGAAACUGGCCCUGACUCCGUCUGUUUAUCUGAAAGUAAAUGUUUUCUUGUCUGUCUGGAUGGAUAUUUCCUCUCUUGAGAGAACUUUAGGCCAAGCCUUUGUGUGCAGAGAUUUCCCCACUCUGUGCCUGUGUGUUGGCAUUCCUUCCUAGCAACAGGUUUUAUGCAGUUUGAGACUCUUGAUGUUGUCUUGCAUAGAUUCUCAUGCUAGUGAUACUAAAACUGUGUCUUUUUUAUUCCUUCUCGUAGUAGUGUUUUCCUGAUAUGAGCAUGUAAAAAUGAGCUCAUUGCCCUGAAGCUGGGUGGGAGAAAUAUCACAUGGGGAUUGACCUAGAGCAAAAAACAUGGAGAAAACAAACAAGCCCCUCUGGGGAAAGCCUGAACUUGGUACUGUGGUGUCCAAAUCCCAGAGGACCAGGGAAAGAUCAACAGGGUAAAACAAGUUUUUUUUAGCAUUUGCUGCUUGAGCCCCUGCUGUGCUCUAUUGAAACCUGAGACUUUCUAAGAAUAACUCUGCCUUUCCAUGUAGGCAGGUUUGGUGGCUGUGACGGGACAGAUUUGCACCCUUGGUGUUCUCUGCUCGCUUUCAUUUCCUACAGCUGGAGGGGCAGGGCCGUGACACUGGCCCCCAGGAAAGGCUAGUUCUGCUGCCAUGUCCCGGGAGAGUUCUUAAGGUCAGGUGCUUGGUGGUGUAGUAUUCAGUGGUACUUGAAGCUUAUCGCAGGCUUAGUGAAGGCUCCUGUUUGCUUUUGGUUGCUUUUGAGAACUGCUGUGCCAUGGGAUGAGCACAGUGUAAUCAAGGUCUCCGUGCUCAGUUUGCCAACUUCUGCACUUCCAGUGGCAGCACCUCAUUCCAGCCCAUUAAAACCCAAGUGACCAUCCCUACAGCCCAUGUCAUGCCUUCCACAUUGGGCAUGUCGCCUUCCAAGCUCUGCUCCACAGGAGAGCCAAACCCUUUACAGAAGGUGCCAUUAUCAUCAAAACCAGCUCUGUCAGCAUCCUCCACUGAAAAUGCAGGGCUGAUGAGAAAUGGAGACCCUCAUGCUGUAAAAUUGUCUCAAGGGCCACCCAGGGAGCUCCUGCAGCUCUAUGGGACUUCCAGGGAAAACAGUUUUGAGCAGUCCUGGCUUCCCCAUGCUGAGCACAUGAGAGUGGAAGAUAAUCAGAAAUUUGACAUGCCUGCCCUUGAGUUCACCCUUAAUCGGUCCCUUUGGAUGGAUAAUCUGUGCUCUGAUCCUCACCACAAGUUCCAGAAGUGUAAUCCAAGCACCAUUGCCACUGAUGCAGUAAAGGAGCCUUAUAAAGUGCUACCAGAGACGCAAACUGCACCUGGGGCUAGUGGAGUCUGUGAGCCCCGCAAUGGGACAUGGCCUCGUGGGAGCAGACCCACGCCAUUAGGACUUCAGCCCAAUAAUGUCUUUUCAAAGCCAGGGGCUCCUCAGGCACAAGUGUGGAGGCAAGAACCUUGCACGUUGCAUCCGCAUGAGAGGGUUUGUGACCUCAGUGCUUGGAAGCAUCAGCUGGACAACAUCAGAGUGCGCACAGAACAGAUGCAGUUACAAAAUGGAGUUGCUUGCAACUAUUCCUCAGUGUAUCCCACUCCACUGCAUUCAGUUGAUCCAGCCCAGUGGGUCGGUAUCCUGAACGCCAAUGAGAAUCUACUCAAGGAGAAAGAGCUCCUCAUUGACAGGCAGAGGCAACAUAUCUCCCAGCUGGAGCAGAAGGUUCGAGAGAGCGAGCUGCAGGUUCACAGUGCUCUGCUUGGCUGUUCUACCCCCUAUGGAGACGUUUGCUUAUUGAGACUGCAGGAGCUGCAGCGGGAAAACACUUUCCUGCGGGCACAGUUCACUGAGAAGACGGAUUCCCUUAAUAAGGAAAAGAUCGAACUGGAGAGAAAGCUGGCUGCUUCCGAGUUGGAUACAAGGCAUAUUCAGGAGACGAUGAAGGAGACGGUACAGAAGCAUGCAGAGGAAGUAAAGAAGCAGGAAGAGCGGGUAAAAGGGAGAGACAGACAUAUUAACGGUCUGAAAAAGAAAUGCCAGAAGGAGUCUGAGCAAAACCGGGAGAGGCAACAGAGGAUCGAGACCCUCGAGCGGUAUCUGGCUGAUCUGCCAACCUUGGAGGAUCAUCAGAAACAGAGUCAGCAGCUAAAGGAGUCGGAGCUGAAGAUUGCUGCUUUACAAGACACGGCAGCAGCGCUGGAGAGAGAGCUUGGAGAUGUCCGUGCUAUGUGCAGGGAGCAGGAGGCACAGAUCGAGGCCCAGAAAUGCAGAGAGCUGGAGCUGCUUUCCACUGUGCACAGCUUGCAGGACAAGGUGCAGCAGUGCAUGACAAGUGCAGAGAAGGGGACUUCAGUUCAGGUGGUGGAGAAACAACAAGGAGAAUCGGAUUCUCUGCAGAAAGAAUGCGAUCGACUCAGGAAGAUUAUGGACAAACAGCAGAAGAAGAUGGAGCAGUUGUCUGCCCAAGUCAAGAGCCUAGAGAACCAGGUGGCCCAGGAAGAAGGAACCAGCCAAGCUCUGAAAGAGGAAGCGAUGCGGCGAGAGAAUGCACUGCAGCAGCUACGCACAGCUGUGAAAGAGCUUUCGGUGCAGAACCAGGACCUGAUAGAAAAGAAUCUGACAUUGCAGGAACGACUUCGGCAAGCAGAGCUGGGCCAGCCGCUCCCCAGGGAGACAGCCCAUCUCGCCCAUGAGUUGCACAGCGAGCUGACCAGCUGCCUGCAGGACUUGCAGUCUGUCUUCAGCAUUGUCACUCAGAGGGCACAGGGCAAGGAUCCCAACCUUUCCCUGCUCCUGGGCAUUCACACUGUGCAGUGCUCGGCCAAGGAGACUGCAGACUUGCUGAGCCCAGAUGGACUUGCAAAAACACUGAUGGAGGUAAAGCAGCUGCACAGAGAGGUUGAGGACCUAAGGACAGCGAUAUCAGACAGAUACGCUCAGGAUAUGGGAGACAACUGCAUCACACAGUGAGACAAGCUUCCCUCAGCGUGAUAAGGGAACAGCUGGACAUGACUUGAAAAUCCCAGGAGACUUCAGCGCUCCUGCAAUGGAAAAACUUAUUGGCACCUUAGCAUCCCCCUGCUUGGGUACAACUGUGGGGGGUCACUCACAAGAAGUCAGGGAUUCUGUUGCCAAGAGUGUUCAGAUGCUGUCUGGCCAACUGGAUCUGUUCAGGGUCUGUGUUCGUUUAGAUUCUUGCAGAGCUUUUGCUCCUGCCAUUGGCUUCAAGCUGGCCCCUGGCCUGUCCGCCCUUUCUAAUAAACUCCAAGCCAAUACCUGCCAGAAGCACUAGCCUCGCACAGAUAUUCAGGAGUCUGGGUGAUACACCCGUAAUACCAUCGCACCAUGGUGCUACAGGUUUAUCUGAGACUCCUGCAUUAUGCGGUUCUGGCCUCCAAGUGACACAUAGUCAUUUGUGUACUGAGGCCUGUAUUGCUCAGGUAUAGGGAGCUGAUGUUUUCAGUAGCCAACAGCAUCAAGAGCUGUGAUGCUAACACUGUUUUCUGACCACGCUCCUCUGCUCGAUUUUUACCACCUGAGGCCUUAGGAUCUGAUCCCCCUCUGGGAGCGUCCUGAAUGCAGAUGCACAUUCAGACUGUGGAGGAAGGGGAUUGCUGUUUGAAGUGCCUUUAAGCCUCUAGAGAGACUUCCUGCCCACAAGUUGCUUUUUCAUGCCUAAUGCAUGUGCUGGUGAGGGGAGGAAUCGGUCUGCUGGCUCUUUCAUAGCCAUAAAGCAGUCCUGGAUAGGUGGGACCUGUCUGGCAGGACAGCUCCUCUGGGCAAGGAACACUGUUGCAGGUCAGCAGAUGCCCUUGCUCGCAGCCAGGCUGCCAUUCUUGUUGCAGAGUUGCCCCAGGGGAUGUCUUCAGUGUACAGUUGUGGGAUCUGAACAGAGAUUUUCCCCCAAAGCCAUGAUCUCUCUCACCUGUGCAAUCCUACAUCUCCCCUGUCCUGAGAUCUCCCCCCCUCCCUGUUGUUAAAUGGGUUGUAUUU